ACAAAGACAGAAAUAGAUCACGUUUCCUUGUCAAAGCCGCCUCCUCUUGCUGCACAAGUAAAGCAACUACUACAUUCACAUCUCUCUAUAUACGUACACACUUACGCAAGCACAUUUGAUUCCCAUAUUAUAUAUAUAUACAACACACAGAGAGAGAGUCCAAGUUUAUGAACAGAGAGAGUCAAGAAUACAGAAUUUUAUCACCCAAACUGCGACGAGCACAUCAUGAGUACAAUGCAAGAUUUAUCUUCUACUGUGUCGUUUAGCCCUAGCUUCAGUUUCUACGCCUCCGGUGACCUAGUCGAAACCGCCGUUAGAGUUAUACGUGAGUCCGAGAGUUAUUAUUCCGUUAAAGUUGACGGCGAAAACGACAAAGAAUUCGAGUUCGAAACAUUACCGUUAGGUGACGAGAGCCUCUUUCAUUUCUCAACGAUGACGACGACUUUUAAGCGCUCUUCCGACGACGAUGACGUGGCAGACGAUCGAGUCACCUCGAAGAAUCUUUUCUACGGUGGAUGGAGUGUUGAUCCUCCAUCUCUAACUUCGCCGUCGGAAUCACUUUCAUCGUCGGAUUCUGACGAUUCGGAAAACAUUUCUCCGAGCAAAUUCUACUGUUUCUGGAGUCCGAUCAGAUCCCCGGCUAGAGACGAUAGCUUGAAGAGUAAAGGAUCUUCGAGACGGUGUCGUAUAAAGGAAUUUCUGAGGAGAAGCCACAGCGACGGAGCCGUUUCGACCGUGAGCGCAACUAAACGGUGCAGUUUCAAGGAUCUUCUAAGGAGAAGCCACAGCGAUGGCGGCGGCGAGGGAUCUUCGAUUUCGACGAGUGGAAACGGCUCUCUGGUAGUGAAAGGGAGGAAUAAAACGGCGGCGUAUAAGCCUGAUGUGGAUAAGAGAAGAAAGUCUUACUUACCUUACAGGCAAGAUUUGAUCGGCGUUUUCGCCGGGAUGGGUAGAUUCCGUAAUUAACGAAUGUUUGAUUAUUUCCUAAUUUUAUUAUUUAAGUGUGCAUAUUCACAAAGAGGUCCUCGUUUGAUUUUUAAUUUUCUCUUUUGACCAUGUAAUACUUUUUGGUGAUAUUAAAUUCACUUGUGUUUUUUGUCUUUUUUACUUUUCCACUGAAAUGUUGUGCAAAGUGUAAGACUUUCGAAGAAAUAGAGAAUAUUUUAACGAAGGGGAUCGUUUUGUCCAGUUGCAUUCUUGAAGAAAUCAAUGAUCUCGGUGAUACAACAAGAGUAAGAACUCUCUGGUGAUUCAUUGUCACAAGCUCUUCAGUUCUCGGUCUAGGUCAGUUUCCAAUGUGCUAAUUAGGUCUUUAGUUAGGGUUUAGUAGUUUAAACAGGGGAUUCUAACAUAGACUAUAGCUUUGAUGCAUGUAUAUCUUGUUAACCAAGAAUGAUGGUGGCUAUUUAACAGGAAAAGAUUCGGUGUUAACUCAGUUUGGUAAUAGUUUUCUGAUGUUUCUUGGUUCAUUCCCCACUUUCCUUGCAAUUCAAGUAACAUGGCUUGGCUGCCAUCAGACAUAUAAGGUCUAUUCGUCAUGUCUAGAUUGCGCUUGCCUAUUUUAAGCACGUAUUGUGAAAUUUCCCUCUUGACUUCCAAGAUGGAAAACUUUUUGACUAGAGAAAUCAGUUCUGUUCAGUUUGAGCCACAACAAUCAACAUUCUCUCUUAAUUAGUCCACUUGUUGUG